AUGGUGGUAGCAGCAGUGAAGCUGGUGUUAUCAAACAGAGCUCUCUUGAAGCAUUUAUUUCCAAUUCAAAAUGGAGCUUUGUAUUGUAUUUGUCAUAAAUCCAUGUAUUUUUCUCUUCCAGAUGACUGUAAUUGCAAAGCUUUGACAUCUGAAGGCAGGAUGAUAGUUUGCUGCCAUCCUUCUGUGAGCAUUCCAUACGAACACACAAAAUCUAGCCCUCAGCCAGAUCCUGUGCAUAAGCAUGAAGAAACACAGGAUCAAGUGCUGAAAACCAGAUUAGAAGGAAAAAAUGAACGCUUUGAGCAAGUACCCAUAAUGGAACAAAUUAGCAAAAUGCUCUUCAGUGCUAAGCAUUGUUGGUAUCCUCGUGAACAGUAUCAAAGAUGUCCCAGGAAACUGAAUUCUCCCAAAGACACAUAA